UUUGCCAUCAAGGUCGCGUUAAUGGCUUCCUAGUCAAGACUUACUUUGUUUAUGCCGCGGUGCGGAGCCAAGUAGCUGCAUUUAGCGUCCGUAUAAUACAUUAUUUGACAGAUCUCUUUGUUUAAAAAGAAAGCGUUGACUCUGACCCUCCGUGCCUGACAGUUUCUCGCCGAUGGGACUGAGUUACAUGGCUGAAUGAGGCGAUCGUCCGUGGUGCCGUAGAAGGAUGAACUCCAUCGCCGGUCGGGAUCUCGCAGUGUCCGCUGGUGCUGCUGUCAGCAACCCGGGAGCGGCAUCAUCCAGAGUCUUGCACGUGGAGCUCACAUCACAACAGAGGCGAUUACGGCACUUGAAGAGCAUCGCGGCCCGUAACAUCGUGAACAAGAAUGGGUCUCCUCUGCUCGACACUUACUUCACCCUUCAUCUGUGCCAGGAUGAUCGGAUAUCACGAGAUUUUUAUAAGAGUGAGAUCAUCCAAGACUCAUUGAACCCGACAUGGCGGAGUUUAGAUUUCGCCAUGCUGCCGGAUCUUUUAGACACGUCUGUGUCGUGUUUUGUUGUGAGAAUAUGGGGAGGGAGGGGGGAACACUUUCAACAGCUCAUUGAGUGGAAGGUCAACCUGGAUGGGCUCAGAUAUACGGGACAGCAGAUUCGCUCCAGAAACCCGAAUGAGAUCAUCUUUGGACUAAAUGAUGGCUACUAUGCAGCUGAAUUCGAUCAAAAGGAGACUUCGGACAGAAAGAAGAAUAGUUUGCUCCAGGUGGACCAAAGCUCUGUCAGAAACUCCUACAGUGUUUUCUCCCUGCUGAGGCUACACACAGCCCAGAGAGCCAUUAAACAGACUCAGGUGACAGUACAGAAGAUCGGAAAAGAAAUCGAAGAGAAACUAAGGACGACAGCAUCCUGCACCGAAAAGAAGAAAGAGAGGGAAGGCAUGCAGCUGCGCAUCGGCAUCCUGAGGUGUGAGUUGGAGAGACAGAAGAAAGCUCUGGCCAAAGAGAUGGACGUGCUACAGAAAGAAAGAGCACAGCUACAGAAGAAAGAGGAGGCGUCGUCGACCAAACACCAGGGCCUGGAGUCUGAGCGCACGUCUUUAACAGAGCUGGUGAAGGAAUGCACUGCCAAAAGAGAGAUGUUUCUCAAAUCCAAUGCCCAGCUCACCUUCCGCUGUCGUCAGCUUAUAUCGGAGCUGUCCUACAUUUAUCCCAUUGAUGUGAACAAUCAGAAUGAUUAUGUUAUAUGUGGUGUGAAACUGCCCAAUUCUGAGGACUUUCAAGCAAAGGAUGAUGGGAGCGUGGCGGUGGCUCUGGGUUACACGGCACACCUGGUGAUGAUGAUAUCGUUCUUCCUGCAGGUACCUCUCAGGUACCCCAUCAUCCACAAGGGAUCUCGCUCCUCCAUCAAAGACACCAUCACCGACAAACUCACAGAGAAGGAGAGAGAGUUCCCCCUUUACCCCAGAGGAGAGCGAUUCCAGUUCGAAUACGGCGUCUACUUGCUCAACAAAAACAUUGCACAGUUGAGGUAUCAGCAUGGACUCUCCACUCCGGACCUGCGUCAGACAUUGCCCAACUUGAAGAACUUUUUGGAGCACGGACUGCUUGUGCGAUGUGAUAGGCACCACGUCUCCAUGUCUAUCCCUGUUCCUCUGAAAUCUCAGCUCAGCGUCUCCACCGCAUCCGAAGUGGGCUUUCCUACCCAGACCAGCUCCCCUGAACGGAGCGUCAAGAAGCGGGCUAGUUCCGACACUGACAGACAGAAAUACAGAACACCUCCACCCAGUUACACCACAGCCACGGCUCAACCCGCUCUGGAGGUUCCACCUGAGCUGUCCUCAGCUUUACCCGCUAGCCCGGAAAUAGCCGCAACCGUUGAUGCUGAUGGGGAUGGAGAGGUAGAGGCUGUAACCGAGGCAUACCCAGAGACAGUGGAGGUACCUGUGGAGAUGCCUACAGACAUAGCAAGCUGUACCAUACCUUCUGACUGUAUCACUAGCUCCGCCCCCCAGCACCCAGGGACCCUGAAUGGCUCUGCCAUGCCUAGUGAAGGUGCAGGAUUGGGUGUUGUGGGUGGGGCGGAGCUUUGCUGCUCGGUGGAGCAGGCUGAGGAGAUAAUGGGCACCGAUGCCACCGGGCUUGGGUUGGGACUGGGUUUAGGAAUGGGAUUGGGCGGAGGCGAGAGACUGGACGAUUACCCGUGUAUUCCCGUGGAGCACGCGGUGGCGGUCGAGUGCGACGAACAGGUGCUGGGGGAGUUCGACACCGCUGGGAUCGAGGAGGUCUCGCGGCGCAUCUAUGCACUAGAGAACAUGUCUAGCUUCCGACGGCCUCGGAAGAACUCCGAAAAAUGAUUUGAAGACAGGAUGUGGACCUGGAGAAACGGGCUCGGAGGUUUAAGAUAACAGGUGCCCAAGUAGGACGGUGACAACUCGCGUAACAUUUCACCCUGACUGCAACAAGUAUAGACAUUACAUGAAGAAAUAUAUUAUUGUUAUUAAUAUUGUUAUAUUAAUUAUUAAUAUUAAUAGGAAGAAUCUGGAAUAUUGACUUUGCACUUCUCAAAGCAUUUCUAUAAUCCUUUAAAGUGAAAUAAACAGAAUGUUUGUUGUUGAAA